AUGGCGGGCCGAAGAAAAAUGCCAAAACUGGACCGAAUUUACUUAAAAUGCGAUCGUGCGUUGUGUAGGCGGACAGUGAAGCCAGCGUACACGUGUCGCGUGCACGGUAACUUCCGGGAGUACACGGACAUUCUGGGCGCUCUGAAGAACUGGUGCCUGCUGUGGGUAACCCUCGCAAUCAUCCCCAUCACCAUCGCUGUACACACGCUUAAGAUCAACCUGUCAUUGACGUACCUAUCGUUCGGGAUCACAACAAACUCGGCGGUGCUUCCGAUCGUGCUGUCACUAUUCUGGGGCCGCCUCACCGGAAGUGCCAUGGUGUCGGGAGCGGUCGGGGGAUCCGCCAUUGCCGUUAUUCUAUGGCUUGCCCUCGCAAACGUCUAUCCCGGACAGUGGGUUGACAACCUUACGUUAAACACGCCCAGUCUAGCCGGAAACCUGGUCGCGCUCGUGGCGGGUGGACUAAUCACGUGUGUCGUCACGUGCCUGAGUAAAGUCGUAAAAACGGAUGACGAGGUUUGGGAGGUAACACGUGACAUCGACAAUCCGCUCUCCCCAUGGACCGAACUCUAUCAAAAGGAUUUGAACCUGACAGGAGCUUACAAGCUUGGGAUGCGACCCUCGCUCGGGGAGGUUGAAGAAACGUUCAGGGGAGCUAACCGCGCCGCAAUUAUUAGUUCCACCUUUCUCACAUUUGUACUCGUUGUCCUUGUGCCCGCUGCCAUGCUUGGCGCCAACGUUCUCUCAAUGGAGGGCUUUAAUGGAUGGGUAUGGAUAUCAAAAUUGUGGGCUUUUGCGGCGACCAUUUUCAUUAUCGUGGUUCCCCUGGUCAGCGAGGUGAUGCAGAUACUGCGGGUGUCUCGUGAGAACCGCGUUUCACCCAUAGAGGCGGGCGCCUUUUCGACCGACAGCGAUGGCGGCGGGGACCAUACUGUAUCCGCGGUUGACCUCCAGUCAGUCUUCUGA